CUGUAUUCUCGUUCUAUUCUCACCGCCAUGGUUCAGUAUUUCGCUGUUUUUCUGAUUCUCUCUUUUUUUGGCGGCUCUCUGGGAACAACCACCUCACCUCAGCAACAAAACGCCUCAAAGUUAAAAGACUUAUGCCAGGUAAGAAAUGCAUAGAGAUAUAAAAAGGAGAACUUAACUGCAUCGUAGAUUAGGUACACCCAGAAACCGUUUUAUUAUUCUAACGUCGUUAUCAUCAUUUACUUAAAACUACCCGUUAAAAGUGUAAGACAGUUUCUUUAAAUGUCCUCGCUUCGGCAUGAUCUUUCCUCGAAGACCUUAAACUUGUCCAUUGUUUACUGUUAAUUUUCUCUGAUUCCAUCCACGUCCAUUCGAGGCGAGAUAACACUUUAAAGAGGAUUAUGAUAUCCAAGGUCCAUUCCGUGCCUCGAAAACAAGGAAGACGGCCAACGGGUAUAAACUUUGUCCACUUUGGUCUGAAAUCAUUAUUUUCGAGUGAGCUUCUGGCGGGUAUAAAAGUAUUUAUCGUUUCAAUUCCAAAUGAGAAGGAAAGAGAAAUAAUCAUGCGAAUUCUUUUUUGGUUGCUGUUCUAAAUUAAUCUACUAAGUAUAAAUGAUGACAUGCGUAAUUUAAUUCGUAGAGACAAGGCCUGAAAACUGUUAUGGAUUUUACAGGCCAAGUCUGAAAACGGGUGUAAAAAAUGACGUGUUUUGGUCUGAAAUAGAGUCAGGAUUUGGAGAAUCGGGCGGCACACCCCGCCACUGAAGAAUUCCGAGGAGUACCCCCCCGAGUUAUUUAAGAUCCCGUGACGUCUUCGUCUCUGCUAAUUACAAGUGUCGUUACUUUCAGCGAUCUAUGCCGAGUUUCCCUGGUAUUCCAGGAUCAAAUGGUAUACCGGGAAUGCCGGGCGUCCCGGGGCCACACGCACCCCAGGGAAGGGAAGGUGUAAAAGGACACAUAACGCCGAGAUAACGCUUUAAGUAAUGGUCCGCGUAAGAACUAGGCAGGCAGAACGCAAAAUCGAUUAAAAGGCGUUAACUUUUAAUUUUUGAUUUCAAUUAAAUGGUGGGUUCUGAUUGGCUAAAAUCCAAAAAUUGACGAAAAAACAAAGAAAAACGUGACAAAAACAACUUUUUUUUAGCUUUAUUUUCCCCAUUCUCCUGUCUUUUACCUCACGGCCAAGUUUAAGCAUUGUUCUGUGCGCCAAUCAAAAGUUAGAGCAACACGCGCGCGACCUUGUUGUGAACCAUCUUGGAUGCGAUAUUUGAGAUGUGAGGAAAUUUGUCUUUUGCCCGAAGAAAUGUCGUCAAUUUCAUCGCUGAAAUCUACAUAUUUCCCUUUAUAGAUUGUUUAUUGCUUUUGUUCAAUGUAUUUUAUCAUCGGAGUGAUCGUGAAAUUCCUACUGAAGCAGCGUUUGCAGCUGUCCUCAACAUGUCGUCGAGUGGCCAUGUGGACAAGCUAAGUAGGACCGAAGCAGUUGUUUAUGUUGUCAGGAGGAGAUCGCUUUCAUUCAGUGAUGAUUCAGGGUAAUUGUGAAGAAUAGCUGGGCACAAAGAGUGGAAGCGAUAGAUUUGUUCUUUUUACAAAAAUAAAUUAAAUUUCUGAAAGCUAUGUGAGGCCGCCUGAUUUGAGCUUGAGGUAAGCUGAACCCAAUAAAUUUUCGCAUCACUGCAUGAUGUGACUGUGUAGUUAUUUUGUCCUUUUCGAAACUUCAGAAUUUUGUUGAUCUUUACUCUUCUAUAAUUCGAUUUGUUUUCAAUCUAGGCUGUUUCGUCGAGCUAAGUGCAACUUAAGGCGAACGAAUUGAAAUUUGUGAUUGUAAUUUCGCAACAGUUGUAGGACGGCAGCCGCUUAGUUAUCAUAUUAUAAAAAUGUAGCUCUCACUAGUUUUGAGUGUUACCUAGUACGAAAGAUCAUGCAAGUUUGACUGUAAGUAUUUCCUUUACAUUUUCUAAGAAUGAAAGUAGGUUUUGCGGAGAUAUUUAGACUAAAAAUAUAUCUACCAUGUAAGACUGCGAAGAGAGCUUCUUCUGAGGCCGAAUUCUCCGAACAUCCAUGAAUUUUUUUUCUGUAUGGACAAUCGUCUUUUUAUUCAAAUGCGGGCCAUUAAGAUAACCCUCCGACAUGAUUUUAUGAAAUUGUCGUUCUUUAUGGUGGCAAAAUAAAAACGCGCGGCUUUGGCGCGUUCGCCAUGUGAGCUUGGAUUACUGCAGUUACACAGUUUUGACAUUUCCUUAGUGAGAGCCAAAGUAGCUGUCUUUCAGAAGGUCGCCGAUUGAUGUAUUCCUGUGCCAUUUUCAUGUAAUUUUAUAUCAGUUUAACUUUGCUCGGAUUUGGCGCACAGAAAUCCUCCAAAUUUUAGAUAUGUUAUAGUUUUCAACAUAUCAGAGCAGUAGACAAAAUAAAAAGUUGUUUGAAUGACUCUUUUGCUAUCUUAAUUCAUUUCUAAAAUUCAAAUUUCGCGCUUUUCGCCCUAUUGACCAAUCAGAGCAUUCAAAUUUAAUUUGAUUAGAGAAAUUAGCACCUAAAAAAUAACUGCCGCUAUUGCACUGGCCUAUUGUUCUUUUGCCUAGUUCUUACACGGACCAUUACUUAAAUAGGAUUAUGGUAUACAAGGUCCAUUCCGUGCCUCGAAAACAGGGAAGAUGGCUGGCGGGUAUAGACUUUGUUCAUUUUGCUCUGGAAUCAUUGUUUUAAUUUGAGGAAAAUACGGGCGUGUAUGAACGGAGUUAUCCUUUCAGUUCUAAAUGAAAAGGAAAGAGGAAUAAUUAUGCAAAUUAUUUUCCGUUGCUGUUCUAAAUUAAUUUAAGUAGUGAUGACAUGCACAAUUCUUAGAGACAGAAAUUCCCAGGACUACCCCUCUCCCCCACUCCCCCGCCCGAGUUAUUAAAGAUCCCUUGUCGUCUUUGUCAUAUUUUCUGUUAUUUCAGCGAUCUAUGCUGGGUUUCCCUGGUAUUCCAGGAUCAAAUGGUAUACCGGGAGUGCCGGGCGUCCCGGGGCCACACGGACCCCAGGGAAGGGACGGUGUAAAAGGACAAAUUGGUGAUAAAGGAUCGCAAGGAAUUCCGGGUCCAAGAGGAGACAGAGGGCGCGAAGGACCUCCUGGGAAGAGUGGACCCCGAGGAAUUAAGGGAAUAAAAGGUCAACAAGGACUUCUGGGAAUGAAAGGAGAGCCAGGCAUUGCGGGAAUGAAAGGAGAGCAAGGAGCUGUGGGAAUGAAGGGAGAGCAAGGCAUUGUGGGAGUGAAAGGAGAGCGAGGCAUUGUGGGAAUGAAAGGAAGAAAAGGAGACAAAGGAGAGAAAGGAGAAAGUGCCAAAGCAAGUCAAGCAAGUGUAGUACCACAAACCAACUGGAAACAAUGUGUUUGGAAAUCACAGAGUAGUACUAAUAACGGAAAGAUUAAGGUAAAUAGAAUAAGGAUCAUAACACACUCCUAAGAAAAUUCAUUCCUUUUCGAAUUAAAAUCUUUCAAAGAAGAACGUCUCCCCUCUCACCUACCGUUUGACCACACAUUACAUAAACUAGGGUAUCUAAAAGAUAGUAAUGCUGCGGCACAUUCUGUUGAUACUGGCAUUAGUUAGGCAGUGAGACUGAAAAGAAUCAAAAGUGACAUUGAAUGUCCUAUUUGCAUGUUGGAAAGUACUACUAUCAGUCUACUAUUACUAUCAGUCUAUAGAAAGAACUCGUGGGAAUGUUGUUUAGAAAAUGAUCAAGUGGUUAUCAACUCUGGUUUUCCAACAGUAAAUUGUAGGAAAUAAUAGAAAUUGAGAUUGAUUAUCCAGAUAUUUAAUAUACAGUGCACAAUAUUUUCUCUGGAAACACAAUACUUUUCUUGCUGUUUGUUGCACUUUAUUAAAAGUAACAGUUAUUUAGCUAUAUAUUUAUAGAAAACAACAACACCAAAAAAGGAAAAAAAAAAGACAGUAGAAAUAAAUAAUUCGGUAGGACUCGCACCCGGCACCUUCGACUCGACGCGACUACACGUAACCACUGCACCACAGGGGCUGACAACGUAAGUUAGGGGAAAAGUGUUUCAUUUUAUUCCUUUUCUAUGACACUUCCGCAGGCAAGAUGAUCGCCAGCCGCAUUAACCCAGCUAUUAACAGUGAAAAAACAAUGUAAACGCAUAUUCCAUGGCAAUGAAUGAAUGAAAGAACACAAUUAUGCUUUUCAAAACGCCGAUACACGUCCUGGUCUGCAAAGUAGGACACAAAACAUAUGUUUUGUUAUCUCGAUUUCCGCUGUUAUUUUGAAGCGAAUGGUCAAAAUCACAUCCAUUUUCGGCUCAUACAGUUUCUUAAAAAUAGCAUUGCAUGACAUUUUCUUACUUUCACAUCACCUUCUAACAAGCUGGAAUUUGUUUAUCCCCCGUGUUGCGGAGUCGAAGAGCAAAUGCUUAUCUUCUCGUCAGGUUUAACACCUGGACGAGUCAAAGGCUCCUCAAUUGAAAUCCACUCCCCAAGUUAACCAUCGUACUCAUCUGAAAGACUCCUGCGUGUCUUAAAAUUUGGUAAGACCUCUAACCGUGCUGUAGAACUGAGCAGCGAACUAUGCACUACUUCCCCGUGUUUUUAUUUGAGUUGUUCGCGGCGCAAUGCACUCUGGUUAAAUGCAAUGCAUUGUGGUAAAAAGUGUGGUUAAAUGCAAUGCAUUGUGGUAAAAAGUGAUGAAUUCGAGAAUUCGUCGCCCCUUUAUAUAUUUCCUUUAAAUCCUGAUUAUGUUGCUGCUCGCUCCCUUCGGUCGCUCCGCAAAAAUAACUAAUAAGUUUUAUUUCCCUUUAAUUUGGUUCUCUUUGAACAAAAAAAGGAAAACCAUCGUGCGUGAUAAAAUGAUUCCUGGCCAUAUGGAUAAGGAUAACAAAAAUUUAAGCUAUUAUAGGGUUUUUAAACAUAGGAAGUAUUCUUGACUGGAGUAGUUAGUAUCAAUUAUUACACACGGUUGCUCGCCUUACUACAAUAUGUUUGAUUUGUUUGAUUUUAUUCCAGGACUGUGCGUUUAACAAACUGCAGUCUAAUUCAGCGCUCAGAGUCUCAUUCCAGGGCAACAUGAGGGUCCAGGGUAAUCAUUAUAGGUGUAACCGGUGGUAUUUCAAGUUCAAUGGAAAUGAGUGCAGUGGACCAAUGACGAUUGAGGCUGCUGUAAACAACAUCUGGCCCCAGUCUGGGAAGCCUGAUCUGUUUCAUCAUCGGUCAUUUGAGGGGUACUGUGAAAACAUCCCACAAGGAGCUGUUAGAGUGGAAUUAUGGGUAGGACAUUGUAGUAGCAACACCCUGGGUGAUGCUUACACUGGGUGGGGUUCAGUAUCCCGGAUAAUGAUUGAAGAAGUAUCUAGGCCCCAAUCCUAA